UGAUUUCUCGUCCGAGCGAGUUUCGCUUUUAACACCCGAGCGACUGUUUUUGACGCAGCAGCGCAAAUAAAGUGCGCAGGCAGUGCAACGAUUAUCACGUUCGCAGGCCACUGAAAAGUGAUGUAAAUAAUACAUAAAACUCUUAUCAUUGUAAACAAAGACUAUAAAGUACUUAUAACCCAUUUUUGUCCAAAAAUAACGUGUCGUGAAAGUUAUAAAGGGUCAUAUUAUUAACUUUAAAUAGACGAGUGAAAAACUACGACACAAGUGACAAUUGACUCCUAUAAAAUAAUAAAAUGAAUCCGUGAUUUGUCAUCUAUAUACAAGACUGUUUUGUAAAGAGACAAUAGUUUUUCAGAGUAAAAUAUCUCAAGAGACUCCGUGUAUUGGAUGAACAGAAAGCAGAGGGUGGCGGGUGGUAGGAAGGAGCGCGCGGCGCGGUGCGAGAGCGCGCGCGGCAGGUGACCGACGGUCAGCGCGGCUCAUGUGGGCGGCGGGUGCGUGCUGCUCGCGCCAGGCAGGCGAGGGCAGCGCGACGCGUACCCCCGUCAAGACGUUCCAGGCGUACCUGCCGCCGGCGCACCGCACCUACAGCUGCAUACACUGUCGCGCGCACCUAGCGAGCCAUGACGAACUUAUAUCCAAGUCGUUCCAAGGCAGCCAGGGGCGCGCGUAUCUUUUCAAUUCAGUUGUGAACGUGGGUUGCGGUCCGGCAGAAGAGCGCGUGCUGCUGACAGGGUUGCACGCCGUUGCCGACAUAUAUUGUGAAUGCUGCAAGACAAUGCUGGGUUGGAAAUAUGAGUACGCGUUCGAGUCGAGUCAAAAAUACAAAGAAGGCAAGUUCAUAAUCGAACUCGCUCACAUGGUGAAAGAGAACGGGUGGGACUGAGCGCUCGGCGCGGGCGUGCUCGGACUAUAGUGCUGUGACACGAACUCGUCAAUUACUGGUCAAUGUCGAUGUCGAUACUCGGUGUCGCGAUGUGAACCGACAUGAGCUCGCCACGCCGGCGCGAACCCUCGUGAUGACACCACAGGCGAGAAUGCUCGCCUACCGACUAUCGAUGUUUGAAUCGGAUUGAACCACACGAAUCGGCCACCUACUAAAGAAGUUAUUUUUGUCAAACAUAAGAAUUAUUAUUGAAAUAUCGUCGGUGACCGAUUCGUGAGGUUUUCCUAUGUGUAUUGAAUUAUCGUUAGAUUCGCGGGAUAGACUGUUAGUUCGCGCGAUGGACCGCGGGAUUGUCUUCGGCUUCAGCGCUUGAGCAUCGCCAGUGGUUACAUAUACAUAAGUAAUCGAUCUCAGCCGCCCCAGCGUUGGGCAGUGGGCUUUCAAUUUAUACUAAUUUAGUUUGUAUUCAAACGAUUUGAGUUUCGCCUCACGGGCGGAUGUCUUAAGUUGUGUUAGUUUAAUAUUUACACAUAAUUGCUGUAUUGAGAGAACACUAAUACUUUCUCUUGUCCCCUUAACCUGUGAUAAGUAUGUUAGUGUAGAAUUUUGAAUUUCUUGAAAGAUUUUCUCAAGAGUUGCUCAGAGAUAUCAGAUGUACGUUCCUAAUUAUUUCAGCUGUACAAGAUUGCUUUAUUUUAUUUUUUUUUCGUUUUUCGAGAAAACUAGUCGAAACUAUAGAUAAAUACGGAGAUGUAUUCCGUUCUAUUUUGAUUUGCGAUGAUUUUAUGACUUAUAAUUUUUAGAUAAGAUACUUUAAUUUGUUCCUUUGUUAUAUUUUCUUCGUUAACAUUUGAAAAUGAAGGAAUACAAAGGAGGUUUAAAUUUAGUUUGAUAUUUUCAUAAACGUGAUAGUAGCUGGAGAGAGGAAUCGAUGCAAUCGAGGACAUUUUUAUAUAGAAGAAAGGUUAAGAGCGAUGAGUUUUAUUAUUCAUUUAUUGUUUCCAUUAAAAUGUAAUAAUAAUAAAUAUAUAGUAGAGACAUUUAACCCCGUAUAUUUUAUCUUAAUAUGCAUAUGUUACUUCAUUUAUAUAUAAUAAUGAUGUUAUCAAUGUAAAAAAUGCAUGAGCUUCGAUAACCCGUGAUUUUCUAUCGAUAUCGAUAAAUCGAUUUUUUUACACAUCUCUAUUAUGUAUUUAGCAAGAGCAACGAAACAAUUUUUUAAAUUGUUUGAUAGUAAUAACUUGGAUUGGAAGGCUUACACUAAUUAUAGCAUGGUCUCCGUAAUAUGCAAAAAAAGACGAAAAGACAGAUUGUUUAUGUAUGUAAAGUACAAUGGAAAAAAUACACAACUUUUGUUUUCGUUCUUUUCAAUCAACGGAGCGUUCAUAAUAUAACAGGUCUUUGCUCGUCAGUGUUGUUGUUGCGAGGUACAUGAAAAUCGAUUUAAAACGCUAACGCGUAUAUCUUUAAUGACAUUGACGUCCGACUGAAAUAGAAAUAAUGGACACAUCAAUCCGUCUACGCUUAAUAACAACGUAAAGUAAUAAUAGCAAAAAUAUUAAUGAAUUUUAUUUUAUCAACUCGUCGAUCACCAUCACAUCGUCACUUUAAUUAAUUUUAUGUAGUUGUCAGACUCAGUAGUUUCUUCAUUUAAAUUAUUUGCGUCACUUGAAUUUAGUGGGUUUGAUUGUCUAGUGUUGUGUGGCAUCUGCCUUAUAUAUAGAUAUUGAAAUUAUGACAGUGACAUUAUUAUUUUUUUUAAUUCUUAGUCAUUAUUAACACAACCCUGCAAAUAUCCUUUUAUAAUAAUACAAUAUUGUUUUAAAAUAACUUAAAUUUUAACAGCGUAGUCGGAAUAUGUGAAUUAAAAAAAAAAAAGUUUCCCAAAGGAUUAUACUGACGUUAACAGAAUUGUCCAGUGCAAAUAAGCUUUGAAAGGUUUUUAUCUGUUAUUUUACACAAUUGAAAUAACAAUUGUGAUGUAAAAUACGACUAAAAAGAAAUAUCAAAAGCAAUGAAUUUUUGCCAUCGCUAAUAUAUCAGAGCGUUGAAACUGCCACUAGAGUAUACAUUUGUAAUAUACAUAACUAAUAUAAUUGUAAAAUUCAAUGUAAGUAACGCUCGUUCGAUGAUAAUGUGUUUAUUUUAAAAAUAAUUAAACUAGAUGACUAAAUAGUUCUUCCGAUUCUAUAGAGUGUGACAGUUGUCUUGUUUGUACAGCCCAAUUUCGUUGUUAUACAAAAGUACCAGAUUUUAGGAUCAAAACUUUUUACAAAACGAUUCAUUAUAACACAAUACAAAGGCUCUAGUCUUAUAAUCUGGUACUUUUUAGCAUUACAUAUUAUAUACAAAUGUAAUCCCAAUCCUCCUAGAUCUAAGAAAUCGAUCCUGGCAAUAUUUCUGAUAAUAUAACGGGCCUAAAUGUGACAAAACGUUAUGUGAAUACAUAAAUCAAAGUACUUUAAUGUAUAGGACUCAGUUUGGCUUUAAUAUUAAGUGUUAAUUAAUUCACCUAUGUGCAAAGAGUUCUGUGAUGUUCCCAUACUGUUUGAAUAGUUUCGAUGGUAUCAACUGUGCUUUUCAUUAUAGCACCACGAAAAGCACUCGUUAAAACGAAAUAACGAUAACGUUAUUGGUUAUUUAUAAUGGUAUUCGUUUAAAUAGCAUAGUCGAUAUGCUUUUUAGACGCUACAAAACUAUUGGUGUUCAAUAUGGUAUAUGUAUUAUAUAUGUGAUAAUUGAGAUCGGAUACGUCUUUUUUAUAAAUUAUAAGGUUAAUCGAUAAACGCAUUGCAAUUUCACAUGUUCUAUGUAAUCGUAUAUCUGUUAACAUAAGGUAAAAAUAUUAAGACUACACAUGCACAAUGUUCUAUGAAAAUCUAAGCUGAGAAGACACUGUCCAAGGCCCGUAUUAAAAAUUAGUAAAAAAAAAAUUACUGGUAUUAGUUUUAACUGAUAGAAUAGAUAUUUUUUUUAUAGUCCCGUUACUCGUUCGAGAUAUCAAUGUUGACGAGUAUAGAUCUCCGGUACAAUUUUGUGGUGUUCACACUUCAUACAUGUAGCCUUUUCAAAGUGUCAGAUAUUUUCAUUUUCAUGAACAUUUUGCAAUUAACUAAUCGAACUUAUUGAGAUUGUCACAGUAGUUUAUAAUUAACACUCUUAGACCUAAUGUAUCUUGAUCUUUGCCGUUUAACACGACAGUCAAAAAAAAUAUCAUGGUGACGUUUAAAGUGAGAAAUAAAAAAAAAAGCUAGAUUUCUGUGAGGCAUAAAGUAUUUUUCUACUCGAUCGUUUAGGGAUGCUAUUAGAUAUUUUUGGACCAUUGUUAAGAUUGCGAUCAGUACUGGGGAGGUAAAAAAUAAAUGUUAGUUUUCGUGGAUGUUGGCCGAUUACGGUUGUUGUUAUCGAGAUAAGAAUUAAAUAUACGCUUUCGAAACUGUAAAACAAAUAUGCACCUAUUAUAUACCCAUUUACGAUUUGGUAUUUCAAGUUUAGGAGUAUUUUUUUUUAAUUUUGUAUAAUACAUUUCUUGUCAUUUAAUUUACACUAUCUCAAUAAAAUCACCAGUCACUGUCAUUGAAUCUAUUCAACAUUUAUUUUGAAUUUUUUUAUAAUCAUUAUUAUACAUACGUCGUAUCGAACAUAUCACUCACUUUUAUAUUGAACAAGUUUCUUAGAUUCUUAAAACGGAUCAUAGAAAUACCAAAUCGUCCCGGUCUUGGAGUGUUAACAGAUGGCCAAGAUGCCGGUUAUAACUCGGUGCAUCUCAGUGUAAAUUUCGCAUAUAUAAAACUAAGGUAUCCCGGUAGUAUACCAAUACCGCUUAAUAUUUUUGUAUUUUCCUAGUAUGUAACAAAGCAUUAUAAAAUUACGUGGUGUCUUCUAAUGAUUGUGUAUGCAUUAUGCUAUAGAUGAGUAUUUCGUAAACAUUUGGUUGAAAUAAUAAGUGCGUAAUAAAACACUUUUUCGUAUUAAAAAA